CCGCCGCCGCCGCCGCCGCCCUUUGUCCGCCGCCGCGGGCCCCGCCAUGGCGCUGCCGUGAUGUGCGGCGGGGCCGGCCCGGGGACAACGGGGCCGAGGGCAACCGGGAGCCCCAUGCGGGGGCCGCCGCCAUGGGGCAGGUCCUGGGCUUCGCCCACUGCAAAGAGGCUCCAUCCACGGCCUCCACCACGCCAGACUCCACGGAGGGUGGCAAUGAGGAGUCGGACUUCCCUGAGCUGCAGGCAUCACCGGAGCCCCCCGAGGAGGAAGAAGAGGAUGAGGAUGAAGACGGGGUGACAGCGGCGAGGGGGGAACCCUGGGGACACCCCCGGGAACUCACCUUCUCCUACAUCGCCUUUAGAGGGGGGGGUCCCCCCAACGAGCCGGGACCCCGGUAUCGCCGAGACUCCCGUCGGGGACGCCCCCCACGCACGAUCUCAGGGCCCCUCGGGGGGUCCCCCCGGGGGCCGGACCCCCCCUUGGCUGCCAGGACCCCCCUCAAGCGUUCUGAGGAGCCCCUGGCCCCUCCUGAGGGGAAGCUGGAAUUGGGGGGGGCCCUGCCAGAGCUAGAGGGUCCUGAAACUGAGGAGACCCCAAUAAGCCUGGCAGCAGCGCCCACGAGCCCCCCCCCGCCCGCGCUCCACCCCCCGCCCACAGGGGGCGCCCCACGACCGCCCCCCCCCGCGCCCCCCCCGGACCCCCCCCCAGUCCCGGAGCUGCCCCCGGCGCCCCCCGACCAAUCCGAGAGCCCGUCGGGAGCCGACGUCCUGGCAACACCCGUGGGAGUCAUGGAGGGCCAAGUGUGGGAGCUGCUGUACUGGCGGGCACCGGGCCGGUCGGCACUGGCGCUGGUGGGGGUGCUGGGCACCCUGGGGUGCCUGGCACGGUUCAGCGCCGUCAGCGUGGGCGCCUACGGGGCGCUGGCCGUGCUGGGUGUCACCCUGCCCCUGCGCCUGCACCGUGCCGCCCUGCGGGUGCUGCGCCGGCACCCGCCUGAGCACCCUUGUCGGGUGCAACCAGAGGGGUCCGUGGGGCUGAGCCCUGAGGAGCAGCAACGCUGGGCCCGGCGCCUGGCCCGGCACCUCGCCGCUGCCACCCGCACCCUCACCCGCCUCUUCCUUGUCCACAGCCUCCCUGAGUCCCUGAAGUUUGCCUUCCUGUUCUACCUGAUGACCUAUGUGGGGGCUGUCUGCAAUGGGCUGACGCUGCUGGGAGCGGGCGUCAUCUGUGCGUUCACCUUCCCCGUGCUUUACCGGCACCACCAGGCCCAGAUUGACCAGUAUGUGAGUCUGGUGAGGAACCACUUGAGUCACCUCCGAGCCAGGAUCCAGGCCAAGCUCCCAAGUGCCAAAGUGAAGCCACAGUGACCCCCCCCAUGCCACCCCCAAGGUGACAGCAGGGAGUGGCUGGUGGCUGGGGUCCCCCCGCGUCCCUCCCACCCUGAGAGGAGGGGGGGGCACUCAGGGGAGGCGGGGGUCAUGUGUCCCCCCUGUGUUCUUUCCCCACUCCAUGUGUGUGGGGGGGGUGGUCACACUUUAAUAAAAACUCUUGUGACA